AUGGGAGCUCUGCCAAAGUGGCCAGGAGGCAUCAGCAGCCCACAGGACAAACGAGCGAAGCAGAGGCCUGAGCGGGGCUGCUCACCGGGUGAGGAAGAAGAGACCGGAGGACUCCCCACCCUGCCAGCUGCCUCCACCGCAGGGGUGAGCCAGAAGAGACCGGAGGACUCCCCACCCUGCCAGCUGCCUCCACCGCAGGGGGGUGAGCCAGAAGAGACCGGAGGACUCCCCACCCUGCCAGCUGCCUCCACCGCAGGGGCGAGCCAGAAGAGACCGGAGGACUCCCCACCCUGCCAGCUGCCUCCACCGCAGGGGGGCGAGCCAGAAGAGACCGGAGGACUCCCCACCCUGCCAGCUGCCUCCACCGCAGGGGUGAGCCAGAAGAGACCGGAGGACUCCCCACCCUGCCAGCUGCCUCCACCGCAGGGGGAGGAAGAAGAGACCGGAGGACUCCCCACCCUGCCAGCUGCCUCCACCGCAGGGGUGAGCCAGAAGAGACCGGAGGACUCCCCACCCUGCCAGCUGCCUCCACCGCAGGGGGGCGAGCCAGAAGAGACCGGAGGACUCCCCACCCUGCCAGCUGCCUCCACCGCAGGGGCGAGCCAGAAGAGACCGGAGGACUCCCCACCCUGCCAGCUGCCUCCACCGCAGGGGGGUGAGCCAGAAGAGACCGGAGGACUCCCCACCCUGCCAGCUGCCUCCACCGCAGGGGUGAGCCAGAAGAGACCGGAGGACUCCCCACCCUGCCAGCUGCCUCCACCGCAGGGGGGCGAGCCAGAAGAGACCGGAGGACUCCCCACCCUGCCAGCUGCCUCCACCGCAGGGGUGAGCCAGAAGAGACCGGAGGACUCCCCACCCUGCCAGCUGCCUCCACCGCAGGGGUGA